UAGAUGACGUUUCACACGUUCAGAGGACACAAGUACAGAGAAGUUCACCGGCUGAGAACCGGCCCGUGUGUAGUCUGUGUUUCUUGUACAUGGUUAGUGUCUGGAGCAGAGCAUGAAGCUGCUCUCUGCUCAGCAGGUCCUGUCAGGCUGCAGACUCUCAAUAAAGCUUUUCAAAGAGAAUCCUUAUUGGCUGAACCUGCUGUGACGUCACCGGCAGGCGGCCGCUCAUAGGCUGCUGGAGACGCGCGCGAUACAAACAAGAUGGACGAAGAAGCUCGAGCGGUUCUGCAGCGCUGUGAUCCGGUUCUGUUGGGUUCCUGCAGAGACUCAGAGCAGUCUGACUGUUCUGAAGCAGCCAGGAUGGUUCUCUACCUCACGGACAGCAGACGAGUCCAGAAGGUUCUGGGUCGUCAGCUGUUUGUUCUGGACUCCAUGAUGUCACUGCUGGAGGGUCUGGAGUCUGCCCAGCAACUGAUGACACAACCCUGCCCUCCCCAACCUGGGGGCGGAGCUCGCAGCAGGUGGAAGUCUCUGAAGACGGUCAGCCGGUCGGGGACGGAGGAGACGGAGACGCUGCUCAGAUCUCUGCAGGACAAAAUACAACAGAUGCACAACAGACGACACUCACUCACUGAGCUGGUCCACCGUCUGCACAGCAAGAAGCAGCAGUAUACACAGCUUGAAGAAUCUCUGCAGAAGGCCCAGAAUGCAUUGCAGUCAUGCGACCAUCAGCUGACCCAGCUGAGGGCGGAGUCAGAGGCGGUGGUCAGUCAGCUGAUCAGCUGGCAGCGAAUCAGAGAUGAGCUGCAGGUGUACGUCUCUGCCGUACAGGACGUCAUGCAGAUCAACCUGCUGUCCUUCAACCAAUCAGAGCUGUGUCUGGAGCUCAGGCCACGCCCCUCCUCAGACCUGUCGUCCAAUGAGCCGGAGCCACUGAACCUUUCAGUCACCUGGAGCCACGACGACCGCUUCACACUGCAGGUGAGGGAGGGCCCCGCUGGUCUGGUGGAGGACGGGCUGUCGGGCCGGCGGUCUGAGCUGAGCGCCGCCCUGCUGGAGGUGAUGCAGCGUUACCUGGGUCAGUUCCAGCUGCUGUCAGAGAUCCAGAGACUGAGAUCCAGCUUCGCCAUCGACUGGCGUGCGUCUCAGCGUGUGCUGGUCUACCUGAAGUCGGCGGUGCUGGUGUGUCACCUGCAGGUGGAGGACGGAUACCCGACAGGUGGAGCAGCCCGGCUGCUGUCUGUACGCAGAGACGGACAACAUGUGGACACAUCUGGACUGAAGCCUCUCAGGUCUGGUCUCAGUCUCACUGACUGGUUGGUGUUCCUCAGCAGCAGUCCUCUGGUCUGACAGAUUCCUGCUCUUCCUCUGGUCUUUCCUUGUUUCCUCUCCUUGUCUCCUCCUCCUCAUAAUCUUUUCUAUCAGUUUCUUCUAUUUUAAACGUGUCUGUCUCCUGAACGUUCUGUGUUUAUACAAAAUAAAACCAUUUUGCAC